UGAUCUUGGGGGCUUGGUUGGCAGGGGCGGAGAGAGGAGGCGUGCAAAACUUGUCCCACAGGACCCUCAGACCGUCUCCAAAUACAACCUCCGCGUGACAGGAAUGAGGGUGUGGCGAGUGGUGUUUUCCACAGUCUGUAGUGAAAUACCCGAGAAGUCGCCUCUCCAGAUGCCCUGCACCUGUGACCACAGCUCUCGAAGGCCCUAGCAGCCCUGCCCCUCAGCCCUCUCCCAUUAGUUCUCAGUGGAAUUGAAUUUCUGCGCGCCCCGCUACCCCCGUCUCCUCGCGGAUUCAUCUGUGUGUGCUGUGGAGCUCAGGAUACCUGGGCAUUGCCUACUAUGACACUAGUGACUCCACCAUCUACUUUAUGCCAGAUGCCCCAGACCACGAGAGCCUCAAGCUGCUCCAGAGAGUUCUGGAUGAAAUCGAUCCCCGGUCUGUUGUCACGAGCGCCAAACAGGAUGAGAAUAUGACUCGGUUUCUGGGGAAGCUUGCCUCCCAAGAGCACAGAGAGCCUAAGAGACCUGAAAUCAUAUUUUUGCCAAGUGUGGAUUUUGGCCUGGAGAUAAGCAAACAGCGCCUCCUUUCUGGAAACUACUCCUUCAUCCCAGACUCCAUGACUGCCACUGAGAAAAUCCUCUUCCUCUCCUCCAUCAUCCCCUUUGACUGCCUCCUCACGGUUCGAGCACUUGGAGGGCUGCUGAAGUUCAUGGGUCGAAGAAGAAUCGGGGUUGAACUGGAAGACUAUAACGUCAGCAUCCCCAUCCUAGGCUUUAAGAAAUUUGUGUUGACCCAUCUGGUGAGCAUAGAUCAAGACACUUACAGUGUUCUGCAGAUAUUUAAGAGUGAGCCUCACCCCUCAGUGUACAAAGUGGCCAGUGGACUCAAGGAGGGGCUCAGCCUCUUUGGAAUCCUCAACAGAUGCCGCUGUAAGUGGGGAGAGAAACUGCUCAGGCUAUGGUUCACACGCCCAACCCAGGACCUGGGGGAACUAAAUUCCCGUCUGGAUGUCAUUCAGUUUUUCCUGUUACCCCAGAAUCUGGACAUGGCUCAGAUGCUGCAUCGAUUGCUGUGUCACAUCAAGAACGUACCUCUGAUUCUUAAACGCAUGAAGUUGACCCACACCAAGGUCAGUGACUGGCAGGUUCUCUACAAGACAGUGUACAGUGCCCUGGGCCUGAGGGAUGCUUGUCGCUCCCUGCCCCAGUCCAUUCAGCUCUUUCGGGACAUUGCCCAAGAGUUCUCUGAUGACCUACACCACAUUGCCAGCCUCAUUGGGAAAGUGGUGGACUUUGAGGGCAGUCUUGCUGAAAAUCGCUUCACAGUCCUCCCCAACAUAGAUCCUGAAAUUGAUGAGAAAAAACGAAGGCUGACAGGACUUCCCAGUUUCCUCACUGAGGUGGCUCGGAAGGAGCUGGAAAAUCUGGACCCCCGUAUUCCUUCAUGCAGUGUCAUCUACAUCCCUCUGAUCGGCUUCCUUCUUUGUAUUCCCCGCCUGCCUUCCAUGGUGGAGACCAAUGACUUUGAGAUUGAGGGUCUGGACUUCAUGUUCCUCUCAGAGGAGAAGCUUCACUAUCGUAGUGCUCGAACCAAGGAGUUGGAUGCAUUGCUGGGGGACCUGCACUGCGACAUCCGGGACCAGGAGACGCUGCUGAUGUACCAGCUGCAGUGUCAGGUGCUGGCACGGGCAGCUGUCUUGACCCGGGUGUUGGACCUUGCCUCCCGCCUGGACGUCCUCUUGGCUCUUGCCAGUGCCGCCCGGGACUAUGGCUACUCGAGGCCCCGUUACUCCCCACGGCUCCUUGGGGUACGAAUACAGAAUGGCAGGCAUCCUCUGAUGGAACUCUGUGCCCGAACCUUCGUGCCCAACUCCACAGAAUGUGGGGGGUACAAAGGGAGGGUCAAAGUCAUCACUGGACCCAACUCCUCAGGGAAGAGCAUAUACCUCAAACAGGUAGGCUUGAUCACAUUCAUGGCCCUGGUGGGCAGCUUUGUGCCAGCAGAGGAAGCCGAAAUCGGGGCAGUAGACGCCAUCUUCACCCGAAUCCAUAGCUGUGAAUCCAUCUCCCUUGGCCUCUCUACCUUCAUGAUCGACCUCAACCAGCAGGUGGCGAAAGCAGUGAACAAUGCCACUGAGCGGUCGCUGGUCCUUAUCGAUGAAUUCGGAAAGGGAACCAACACGGUGGAUGGGCUCGCGCUUCUGGCGGCUGUGAUCCGACACUGGCUGGCGCUUGGGCCCAUGUGCCCCCACAUCUUCGUGGCCACCAACUUUCUGAGCCUCAUUCAGUUACAGCUGCUGCCACAGGGGCCCCUCGUGCAGUAUUUGACCAUGGAGACCUGUGAAGAUGGGAAUGACCUUGUCUUCUUCUAUCAGGUUUGCGAAGGUGUUGCCAAUGCCAGCCAUGCCUCCCACACAGCUGCCCAGGCUGGGCUUCCUGAGAAACUCGUUACUCGUGGCAAGGAGGUGAGGUCCAAACAGCAACCGCCUCCAUCAGGGCUCCCUUCCACUGUCCCUGCUUCUCUGAGGGACCUGGAUUUCUGGGCCCAUGGGGUUUCUGACCCUUACUCUCUCUUCUCUUACCCAACACCCACUUCCACCCCUGCCCCUUCCUCCUUGGUCCUAGGUCUCAGACUUGAUCUGCAGUGGAAAGCCCAUCAAGCCUGUCAAGGAGCUGCUAAAGGAGAAACGAAUGGAAAAUUGCCAGACGUUAGUAGACAAGUUUCUGAAACUGGAUUUGGAAGAUCCCAGUCUGGACCUGGACAUUUUCAUGAGUCAGGAAGUGCUGCCUGCUGCCACCACCAUCCUCUGAGAGUCCUUCCUGGGCUCUCCUCCACAUCCCAAACCCCGGGAGGCUGCCAGGCCCUCUUUGUUUCCUUACCUCCUUCACACUCAGAGUUCUCAGUUUCCCUGGAAAUUUGGUUUCAUGUUAGUAAUAAAGUUUAUUUUGGAGAAAGUUAUUGUUUCCUUAGAUGAGCCAAAACAAAACAAGAGAGUAGGAAAGAGAUGAAAUAGGAAGCAGCAGGCCACAGAGGGACCUGCCCUGCCUCAUUAAA